GAGAUGGCGAGUACACUGGCUCAGAAACACCUCCGCGGCAUCAUACUCAACCACAUCAUCCGGGGGAAUCGACCAGUCAAAGCUGAAAUGGCACAUCAGCUGUACGUGCUGCAGGUUUUGACCUUCAACCUUCUGGAAGAACGCAUGAUGACAAAAAUGGACCUGAAUGACCAGACACAAAGAGAUAUCAUCUUUGAACUCAGAAGAAUCGUGUUUGACGGAGACAGUGAUCCCAGCGGAACAGAAAAGAGGAAAGCCAUCUACACUAAAGACUACAAGAUGCUGGGCUUCACUAAUCCUGUGAAUCCUGCCAUGGAUUUCACUCAGACACCACCGGGAAUGUUGGCACUAGACAACAUGCUUUACCUCGCCAAAGUGCAUCAGGACACAUAUAUCAGAAUUGUUCUAGAAAACAGCAGUCGAGAAGAUAAACACGAGUGUCCAUUUGGUCGCUCUGCCAUUGACCUGACGCGCGUGCUGUGUGAUAUUCUACAGGUUGGAGAACUGCCGAAUGAAGGGUGUAACGACUUCCAUCCCAUGUUUUUUACCCACGAGCGCGCUUGGGAAGAGUUCUUCUGCGUCUGCAUACAGCUGCUCAAUAAGACGUGGAAAGAAAUGAGGGCCACUGCAGAAGAUUUCAACAAGGUGAUGACGGUGGUGCGAGAACAGAUCACUAGAGCUCUGGCCAUGAAACCACCGUCUCUGGAGCAGCUGCGGGUCAAACUGCGCAGUCUGAGCUACUCUGAGGUCCUGCGUUUGCGUCAGUCUGAGAGAAUGAGUCAGGACGACUUCCAGUCGCCCCCUAUAAUUGAGCUGCGUGAGCGGAUCCAGCCGGAGAUUCUGGAGCUGAUCAAACAGCAGCGACUCAGUCGUCUGUGUGAGGGAAGCUGCUUUCGCAAACUCGCCAACAGACGGAGACAAGAGAAGUUCUGGUUCUGCCGUCUGUCGUUGAAUCACAAGGUCCUGCACUACGGAGAUCUGGACGAGUCUCCACAGGGCGAAGUGCCGUUUGAACUGCUCACCGAUACGAUUCCCGUGUCGGACAUUAAAGCGGUGCUGACAGGGAAAGACUGUCCACACAUGAAGGAGAAGAGCGCGCUCAAACAGAACAAGGAAGUGUUAGAGUUGGCGUUUUCCAUCCUCUAUGAUCCUGAUGAGGCUCUCAACUUUGUGGCAACCAACAAAUACGAGUACUGCAUCUGGACGGAUGGACUGUCUGCGCUCUUGGGGAAGGAGUUGGGCAGUGAUCUCACACGAAGUGACCUUGACACAUUAAUGAGCAUGGAAAUGAAGCUCCGCCUCCUCGACCUGGAGAACAUCACCAUCCCUGAGGCUCCUCCCCCUGUGCCCAAAGAGCCCAGCACUUACAACUUCACCUACAACUACGGAUGAGGUGUCUGUCCUCUCAGUCAGUGCUUGUGUUUUCUGUGUCGUUCAUUCUUCAGAGGUGAAGUGUGUUAUUUGUCUGUCACUAAGAGACUUUCCUGCCAGUUGCAUGUUGAGAAGCGAUCUGUGACAAACAUGGGCGAAAGAGCAGAAAUGACACACUUCACCUUUAUGCUAGUGUAUGUGCCUGAACAUGAACUAGUCUUGGUUACCAGAGUCCUUUUUCGAAUGUUUGAACACAAACGGUUCUUCUGUCUUCAAGUAUUUGAUUUUAAACGAGAAAAGCAGAAACAGUAUCAUUGUGUGUUUAGACAUUGUAAG